UAUAAAAGUAAAGGUUAGCGUACAUUACGUACACAAGUGCGGUAAGUUUUGACAAAAAGGACGCACCGAAGUGUGACCGUCAAGUGUUGUGUAAAUUCUUUAGAGAAAUGACAACCGUGAUAUACAUUUAAAUAUAUUUAAUAUAUUGUGAAUAAUUAUAAUUUUAGUGAUUAAUUUCCAUGUUAUCAAAAUAACGACAGGCCGGUUGAUCCUAACCUGAAAAUAUGUCCGACGACGAGGACUUGGUUUACGUGAAGAAACAGAAAACCGUGCACUAUGGCUCGCUGGAGGAAGCGGAACGUACUCGGCUCGCUGCUGCGGUCGAGGUCGCCGACGGUGAGAAGGAUGUCACGAGUACGGAUGAUAUUGCGAGCGCUUCCAUCUCAGCUGGAAAUGUGCACAUCUCGAACGAGUACAUGGAGCUGGAGGACGAGAUGUCUAAGGAUCGUCAGGCACUGCUGGAGGAAUUCGAACGUAGGAAGAAGGCCAGGCAGAUUAAUGUCUCCACGGACGACUCGGAAGUGAAGAAACACUUGAGGCAACUGGGCGAACCGAUCUGCCUGUUUGGAGAAGGUCCCGCAGACCGUAGAACGAGACUGAGAGAAUUGUUAGCCAGUGUCGGUGAGGAUGCUAUUAAGAAGAAGCAUGAAGAGGAGGAGAAACCGUCUCACACGAUUGAGAGAGACACGGAGACCACGUGGUACCACGAAGGUCCGGAAUCCUUACAAAUUGCACGGUCAUGGAUAUCGACAUAUUCAUUGCCCAGGGCAAAGGCACGGCUGGAGAAGGCACGUCAGGAUCUCGAGUUGCCAGCCGCUACUCGCACAGCGAAAAGGCAAGAACUUCUGAAGAAGUUGCAAGCGUUGAGCAUCUAUUGCUCUCAGAUCGGCGACACUAGGCCCAUUUCCUUUUGCCAAUUCAGCCCGAACUCAAAGAUUCUCGUUACCGCUUCGUGGUCAGGCCUGUGCAAGUUAUGGUCUGUACCCGACUGUACUUUGUUGCGCACUUUAAAAGGACACCCUUGUAAUGUUGGCUGUAUUGUUUUUCACCCAAAAGCUACGAUAACCGAAGAUGUGGUAGGUGAGAACACGGGCCAGACUUGCGUGUUGGCGUCUUGCGCGACGGACGGUUCGGUGAAACUGUGGAGUGGUGGCAAUGGCGAAGAGCCACUGGCGGAAGUGGAAGGACACGAGCCUCACCGAGUGUCCAGGAUAGCCUUUCACCCGUCUGGACGAUUUCUCGGCACGUGUUGCCACGAUUCAUCCUGGAGAUUGUGGGAUUUGGAGCAGCAGGCGGAAGUGCUUCACCAAGAGGGUCACGCACGACCUGUACAUUGCAUCAGCUUCCAGUGCGACGGGAGCGUUUGCGCCACAGGCGGUCACGAUUCCUUCGGCCGCGUCUGGGACUUGCGCACCGGCAGGUGCAUCAUGUUCAUGGAGGGCCACCUGCGUGCGAUCUUCGGCAUCGACUUCUCGCCGAACGGCUUCCACAUCGCCACCGCGAGCGAGGAUAACACCUGCAAGAUAUGGGACUUGAGGAAGCGCACGUGCAUAUACACGAUCCCGGCGCACACCAAUCUCCUGUCCGACGUGAAGUAUCAGAGAACGGAGGGCCAGUAUCUGGUCACCGCGUCGUACGACAACACCGCCAAGAUCUGGUCGAACAAAACUUGGCAGCCGCUCAAGAUGCUGCCGGGCCACGACGGGAAGGUCAUGUCCGUCGACGUCUCGCCCGAUCACAAGUUCAUCGCGACCAGCUCGUACGACAGGACGUUCAAGCUGUGGGCGCCGGAGUAAGGCAGAGGUGGCGCCACAAGUUUCUCCCAUUGAAGUCGACUUGCAUUCAUGACUGACGGAUAUGCAACGUGCUACUAGUGCGAAAUCUAAUGAACAAAAAAGAAUCUGUCCCGGCGAUCUUCUGUAAUUUAUAACAGAUUACUUUGUUAAUGCGCGUCGUGCCGCACGCGUGCACAGUUUUGUAUUAUCGUAUCGUCGUCUCAAUAAAAAAAAAAAAAAACCGAUUCCCACCGAAACAACUAAUAUCACACGCACAAUUAACGUGCACGUAACUUUCACUUUAGCACACUUUAGCAUGCCCGACUCCGAGAGUGCGAGAUUGGCUCCGGAUUGAAACUUGUGCCGUGUGUGUGUGUGUGUGUGUUGUAAUGUGUAUUUUAAAAAUCCGUCUUCCGUGAAAUAGGUCUUAUAAUCGCGCGUAAACUUUCGACGUUAUUUAUAACUGGGGCAGCUGGCCGUUCAAUAGGCGCAUCGCUGUGUUGCACCAACGUCGUCGUUGUAUCGUUCUCGACAAAAGAGCCGAGCGUACGAGCGUUUCACCGUUGGAUCCGAACAUCCCCCGUCCGCUCAAGGUUUGUCAAGUACAUUUGAAGACGCGAGAGCGGUCCGAAAUGAGAAGACUCUCUCUCUUUCUCCGCUCAUCGUUUCAUUAUUAACGAACUUUCGGCGAAAUCCCGAACUACGUUGGUACAACGGACACUAUGAAACUUCCACUGUGGAUCUUACGUCGCGUUCCACCGAGAACAGAGAGAUCUUGUUCCGAAAGUUCGUCUAUUUUUCCUAUUAUUUACGGGCAGCAAGAGUAACUGAUCCUCGAUGUU